GUACCGAGUGACGGGCACUAGGAGCAGUUCCGGUGAGUCCCGGGAAGGGAUCCCCGGCCACUUGGAGGGAUACCGGACAGAGAACUGGCGCCCACGGAGAGUGGGCGGAGCGGGACCGAGGCUCGUAUUCUCUGCCCUGCAGAUGACUGUCCACAAUCUGUACCUGUUUGACCGGAAUGGAGUGUGUCUGCAUUACAGCGAGUGGCACCGCAAGAAACAAGCGGGGAUCCCCAAGGAGGAGGAGUACAAGCUGAUGUACGGGAUGCUCUUCUCAAUCCGCUCCUUUGUCAGCAAGAUGUCCCCGCUAGACAUGAAGGAUGGCUUCCUGGCCUUCCAGACUAGCCGUUACAAGCUCCAUUACUACGAGACGCCCACUGGGAUCAAAGUUGUCAUGAAUACUGACCUGGGCGUGGGACCCAUCCGAGAUGUGCUGCACCACAUCUACAGUGCGCUGUACGUGGAGCUGGUGGUGAAGAAUCCCCUGUGCCCAUUGGGCCAAACUGUGCAAAGUGAGCUCUUCCGCUCCCGCCUGGACUCCUAUGUACGCUCUCUGCCCUUCUUCUCUGCCCGCGCUGGCUGAAGGAAGCACGCGAUCUCUCCCUCAGAAGAAUCCCUGUUUGGGCCCUUCUCGUUUCACCUGAGGGCCCCUAUUGCAAGCCCCUCUGCUCCAGCCCCCACUCCACUCAUCCUGUCAAGCCCUUCUGCAGCCCUCCCAGGAGAACCAGCCUAAAGCCCUCCCUGGUGCCAUUUCCCACCCCCAUCACAGGAAGGAAGCCUGCAGGAGUCCCUCCAUCUCCAAACCAGGUCCUCUCUCCAGUUUUAUCCCCUACCUGUCACUGUGAGAAGUACAGAAUAAACUUUUUGGCACCCUCUGA